CAGAUACUGUUGUUCAUCUUUCACUCAGGUGUGCAGUAAAACUAUUCCAAAGGUGGGCUCAAUCUGUCAGGUACUGGUGCAGUUGCCACAUGUAUUCCAGAUGUUUCACUCUGACAGCUUCAUGGACCAGGAUGCCAGGUUCCAGUUCUUUGUGGAAAAGAUCCUGCCCCAGUACAGAGACUCUGUCAUGUCCCACACUUUCAUCUAUGUGCCAUCGUAUUUUGAUUUUGUUCGUCUGCGGAACUACCUGAAGAAGGAAGAUGUCAGUUUCGCUAGUGUCAGCGAGUACUCACAGAGAUCAGAGGUGUCUCGAGCACGACAUUACUUCCAGAAAGGAGAAAAACAGUUUAUGCUUUUCUCUGAGAGAUUCCACUUCUACAAGAGAUACACUAUCAAGGGCAUCCAUAACCUGAUAUUCUACGGGUUGCCUACAUAUGCUCACUUCUACAGUGAAGUGUGUAAUAUGCUUCAGGCUGGUGUCAGAGAGGGUGGUGCUUCUGUCAGCUUCACCUGCACAGCCCUGUACUCCCGAUAUGACAUGCAUCGUCUGACUGCUAUCACUGGGGUCGACCGUGCCGCUCAGAUGCUCCAGUCUAAAAAAACAGUGCACCUUUUCAUCACAGGGGAGGAGAAAAACACAUGAACGGGUACUGUGAAAAGCACAUGUGACAUUUUCAACCUCUCAGACAAAGAAAGUAAUCCGUGUUUAUGAUAAUGGACACUUCUUCAGAUAUACAACUCAAGUCUUCUUCAAAUAAAAUUCAGUCAUUUGACUAAAUGUAAUGUUCUUGUUCGCAUGUCUUUUUGUUCUUUUUUUAAUAUAAAGUCUUCUUUCACUGAAGUCACAUCCCAUAUCUUUGUCUCCAAUGUGU